AAACUAGAAAAGGAGAAAACCAACGAGGGGGGCCUCUCGCCUCUGCAUAAAGGGUUUCUGACGCUGAGGCUUUUGCUCAUUGUACUUCUUUGUGAGUUUUGUUUUUGUUUUUUUUUUAUGGAUAAGAAAUUGCUCAAUGAUAUCAUAAGGAGGCUGGUGGAGGCGAAGAACGGCAGGAACGCCAAGCUGACGGAGGCCGAGAUACGCCAGCUCUGCACCGUCUCAAGGGAAGUCUUUCUUAGCCAGCCCAAUCUAUUGGAGCUCCAAGCUCCUAUCAAAAUUUGUGGUGAUGUUCAUGGUCAAUUUUCAGAUCUUCUACGUCUGUUUGAGUAUGGUGGGUACCCACCAGAAGCCAAUUAUUUAUUCCUAGGGGACUAUGUUGAUCGGGGUAAGCAGAGCAUAGAAACCAUAUGCCUUCUUCUUGCGUACAAAAUCAAAUACAAAGAGAACUUCUUUCUUCUCAGAGGCAAUCAUGAAUGUGCUUCAAUCAGCUGUAUUUAUGGGUUCCAUGAUGAGUGCAAGAGAAGGUUCAAUGUUCGUCUCUGGAGGACAUUUACUGACUGCUUUAAUUGUCUGCCUGUUGCUGCUCUAAUUGAUGAAAAGAUCCUUUGCAUGCAUGGUGGGCUAUCUCCUCAUUUGAACAACUUGGAUCAAAUCCGCAAUAUUGCUCGCCCUGUCGAUAUACCAGAUCAAGGUGAUGUUCAUGGUCAAUUUUCAGAUCUUCUACGCCUGUUUGAGUAUGAUGGAUACCCACCAGAAGCUAAUUAUUUAUUCCUAGGGGACUAUGUUGAUCGGGGUAAGCAGAGCAUAGAAACCAUAUGCAUUCUUCUCGCGUACAAAAUCAAAUACAAAGAGAACUUCUUUCUUCUCAGAGGCAAUCAUGAAUGUGCUUCAAUCAGCCGUAUUUAUGGGUUCCAUGAUGAGUGCAAGAGAAGGUUCAAUGUUCGUCUCUGGAGGACAUUUACUGACUGCUUUAAUUGUCUGCCUGUUGCUCCUCUAAUUGAUGAGAAGAUCUUUUGCAUGCAUGGUGGGCUAUCUCCUCAUUUGGACAACUUGGAUCAAAUCCGCCAUAUUGCUCGCCCCGUCGAUAUACCAGAUCAUGGUCUUCUUUGUGAUCUCUUGUGGGCUGAUCCUUAUAAAAAUGUUAAAGACUGGGGAGACAGUGAUAGGGGUCUCUCAUGUACAUUUGGGGCAGACAUGGUUGCUGAGUUUCUUCAGAAACAUGACCUUGAUCUCGUCUGCAGAGCUCAUCAGGUAAUGAAAUUCAGAUUGAGAUUGACCUUCCUAUAGCUGGCUUUGGCAAGUAAG